AUGCUCGUAAGCCUUCCGCCUCCCUCCUUCACGUUCACGAGCUUCAGCAAUAGCAUUGAUCAGUCGAUCACGACUUCAGUCGUCAGUCCAUCCACCAUCGACGCCUCCAUCGUCUCAGCCUCUCCUUCACCGGCGCAUCGUCUGAGUUCUGUCGUUCGUCACCCCUCUCGUUCACCGGCUCAUCCCUCUCAGGUUGUUGUUACUUUCUUCAACUCCGCUCAACCUACAAUGGCUUCAAAUAAUGAGAUGCCUGUCGCAUUAGACAAGGAACAGAUCUUUGGAAUGGCAGAGAAAGAGAUGGAGUAUAGGGUUGAAUUGUUUAACAAGCUAACUCAUACAUGUUUUGCUAAAUGUGUUGAGAAAAGGUACAAAGAGUCUGAGUUGAACAUGGGUGAAAACAGCUGCAUUGAUCGUUGUGUUUCAAAAUAUUGGCAGGUAACAAAUCUUGUAGGCCAACUGCUUGGUUCCGGGAGACCACCAAUGUGAAUCUUUAACCUUGUUAUUUAUUACUAGUAAUAAUAGUCUGAGGAUUCCUUUAGAUUUGUACUCAAAGUCAAAGGUCGAGAAUUUUUGCAGAUUCUUGUUUUGAUGAUUGAUAAUCUUAUAGAUCAAUUAAGUUGUUUAAAAACUUGAAAUAAAUUUGGAGUAUUUUCAGAAUGUUUUUAUGAGUGAUUUUGUGCUAAAGUUGUAUUGAGGAACCAGUGCCAUGAAUUUUAUAUGCGUGGUUUUCUUU